GGGAAGAGGCGGCGCUGGGACGGGGAAUGCGCUCAGCAGCGGACCCACUAGGCUGCCCUCACGGCCCAGGCUGGCUGGAGACACCAGCUGGCGCUUCCAGCAGUGAGUGAGGAGGGCUAGUGCCGGGGUCAGGGGAGGCCCGGGUGUCCCGUUUUCCCCCGUCACACUGUCUGCAGAGCCUCUCUUGCCUUCACUCUCCUCCAGUCCCUGCCAGGGCGAGAGAUCUGGAGAUGGCUAAAAGCAAAGAGACCAUUUAGCUUCUCCAGGGGGGAUUAGCAACAGCCACUGGCGCUAAAGAAUUGAUGCGAUUAUCCUUGGAUAUAGCAAUAUUUUGCUCUUUCCAUUUCUGAUUGUGUCUGUGGCUGCUGCAUUCUCUUUAAUUUACGUUGCAGGUAUGCAUUGCUCUUUUGACUCUGACCUCCCCUUGUUUGGGUUGGUUUUUAAAUAAAACACCUCUAGGAAAGUAAUCCCUGAUUGGUUUGUAUGUACUAAAUAAAUGAAUAUAAUGAUUUCUAAGACUAUUAGAGAUUAACCUAAAAUUUGUUAGAAAACAUUGGUUGCUUCGGUAGUGAUGAUGAUGAUGAUGAUAAAAAGACGGGAUUGGGAACUGUUUCCAUGCCAUUGAAGAUGGGGGAAUUACUGAAGAGUAAUAAUAGAAAGAAAACAAGUCCGAAGCUGGUUAUAUAAUGUACUAUGUGGAUAAGAAGAACGACAAGCUAUUUUUAUUUUGUUCACGGUAUGCUGUGCCAUAGGGACUCCAAACUGCAUCUCUCCCCUGUGAUCCUGGACUCCGGAUACAAUUAGCAAAAAUUUCACAUUGCAGCAAAACCAGAUGAGGAAGCAAUUUAAGCUGUGAAUUUCUUCUUCACCCCCAUAGAACAGUGACGACCAUAAUUUUUAUCUUCACCAUAGAGAGAUGCUUUGUAAACAAGUAUCCUGGAGCACAAUGGAAAAGUUUUAAUAUAAGACAUCAGAAAAAAGUGCUGCAAUGUCUAGUGUGCUGAGGGGGAAAAGAGAGACUUAUGACUUAUGAAACACUCUCAGAUGAUUUGAGGUGAUAUGUGCCUUUUGAACUUGGAAGAGCGUCAAUGCCAAAGGAAACCUUCCACCACCAACAGAGCAGUUUUUAAAUAAUUGCAGUCACUACACAGUGUGGAGCAAAUACAACAAUGAAGUUCAUGGGUGACUGUGCAUAAAUUUCCGGAAAACAUUAUGGACAUAUUUGCAGUUUACAAAGUUACUGUCUGCUUUUUCUUUGAUUUUUUUUUAACAUGUUGAAAUUCAUUUACAAGUUCUAAAUGAAUUCCCCUGCUAUUGGAGAUGUUUAUAACCUCUAAUUUGCCUACCACGCUCCUUGCAAAGAACAGCAAGAGCUGUAGCUGCUGGCAAGAAGCCAGGGCUCUGUCAGUGCCUCUGUGCGGGAAGAAAGGCGGAGCUGCACUUUCAUUGUACUAUUGCAUCUGAUGGAAGUGAGACACUGUAUAAGCUGUUCUACAAAUAAACCUACAGUACAACCAUCCUUUCAAAUAAUGCUCUGGAAAGUUGCAUAUCUAAAAGCAAGAAACUCUGAUUGAAGUGGGAAGGGUUGUCUUUGUACUGUUAAAUGAAAGGUGAGGAAACAUUUAAAUCCAUUCACAAGUUGAAGUGAAGAGACACAUUGCUAGACCAACUUGCUCCAAUUACGUUUUUAGAAGAUCUCAACUGGAGCUGUGGAGAAAAGAAAGGAAGGAAGGGAGGCAGUGACUGAAUGGUAUUUCUUACAUUAUUUGAAAGAGAGAAGGCACCGGGGGACCUGCAAACAAUCAGGUGGCUUCUGAAAAAUCUUUAUGGUGAAGGAUAAUCCAGGACUCCCUGUAGAAGAACAUAGUGAAUGAUAAUCCAGAGCAGCUUCUGGAGCGUUGUGCUCACAGGGAGAUGAUUCCUCAUGAAGUCACUGGAUCCCCUUCAGAAAUCAAAUGUGACUUUCCAUUUAUCAGACUGAAAUCAGAACCAGCCAGACAGUGAAGCAAGAACAGUGGAGGGGGGACGGCGAAAGAUGAAAUCCAACCAAGAGAGGAGCAACGAAUGCCUGCCGCCCAAAAAGCGAGAAAUCCCCACCACCAGCCUGCCGUCCGAGGUGAAGCCAGUGAUCCUGUCAAACGAAAACCACCGCGCGGACAACUUAACAUGGCUCACCAGUACACCCAGCAGCCAGAGCAGCAUGGGGGGAAGGCACAGGCCUGGAGGGAGUUCAGUGGAGAUUGGUUUAGAGCAGGGUUUACACAAAGCACCAUCUACAGGAAUGGACUAUUCCCCGCCGAGUGCUCCCAGGUCCGUUCCAGUCUCAACAACGCUUCCCACAGUGUACUCGUCCGCACUCUCACAGUCAGGGACGCCCGUAUCCCCGGUGCAGUACACACACCUGCAGCACACUUUCCAGUUCGUUGGGCCCCAGUACAGUGGACCAUAUGCCGGAUUCAUCCCCUCCCAGUUGAUUUCCCCGACAGCCAAUUCUGCAACUUGUGCGGCAGCCUCUGCCACUGCUGUUGCAACCACUCCAUCCCAGCGUUCCCAGCUGGAGGCUUAUUCCACUUUCCUGGCCAGCAUGAGUAGCUUAAGUCAGCAGGGGCACAAAGUUGAGCAGCAUCUAGUCAGGACACCUGGAUUGAUUGCAGCAGGGUCUCCUCCACCGACCCAGCAAAACCAGUAUGUCCACAUUGCCAGCUCUCCCCAGAGCACAGUCAGAAAUGUGUCUCCUCCAACUAUCCCAGUCCAUUUGCAUCCCCACCAAACGGCGAUUCCACACACCCUCACCCUUGGCCCCUCCUCCCAAGUGGUGGUGCAAUACUCGGACUCCAGUGGCCACUUCAUCGCGAGGGAUCCUACCAAGAAGGCCGAGAGCAGCAGGCUGCAGGCAAUGCAGGCAAAGGACAUACUGAAUGGAGAGAUUGAGAAAAGCAGGAGGUAUGGCCUCUCGCCCUCUGGAGAUGUGAGUCUAAUCAAAGCAGGCAAUAAACCAGCUCCUCAUCAUUAUGAGACCAGACAUGUUGUGGUGCACUCGAGUCCUGCCGAGUACAGUGCACGGGAUUCCUCAGGCAUCCGGGCCUCUGUUAUGGUUGUACCAAACAGCAGCACACCUAUUACGGAGAUGGAGGUACAGCAGGCCACCAACAGAGAAACUCCUCCCUCAGUCCUCAACGACAAGGGAAAUCUGCAUUUAGGAAAGCCAGCCCACAGAUCCUAUGCUUUAUCUCCGCAACAGACUAUGGGCCAUGAGGGGGUGAAAGCGGUUGCCACGCUGUCCCCCCACACUGUCAUUCAGACCACCCACAACGCCUCAGAGCAACUCCCUGUCGGGCUGCCUGCGACAGCCUUCUAUGCUGGGACCCAGCCGCCGGUAAUCGGUUAUCUGAGCAGUCAGCAGCAAGCGAUUGGUUACCCUGGAAACCUGCCACAGCACCUGGUGAUCCCUGGCACCCAGCCACUGCUUAUACCAGUUGGCAAUGCAGACGUUGAAUCAUCAGGAGUAGCACCUGCUAUAGUCACUUCAUCUCCCCAGUUUGCAGCAGUGCCUCAUACAUUUGUCACUACCGCCAUUCCUAAGAGCGAGAAUUUCACUGCUGAGGCACUAGCAACCCAGCCAGCCUACCAGGCAGCCGUGGUGCAGGCCCAGAUCCACCUCCCGGUGGUGCAGUCUGUAACUUCUCCAACGGCAGCUCCUCCUACACUGCCUCCUUACUUCAUGAAAGGGUCAAUCAUUCAGUUGGCCAAUGGGGAGCUGAAGAAAGUAGAGGACUUAAAAACAGAAGACUUUAUACAGAGUGCAGAAAUUAGCAAUGACCUGAAAAUAGACUCUAGCACAGUGGAGAGGAUUGAAGACAGCCAUAACCCAGGCAUUGCUGUGAUACAGUUUGCAAUUGGAGAGCAUCGAGCACAGUGUCACUUUAAGAGACAGGAGGAUCCACAGAAUUGCUUUUCGUUUACAGCCUUCAAAUCCUCAGUGAUAUCACUCCAGUGUAGGCUUAGAGCCUCACAUCUCUUCUUCAGCUUCAUGAUCAGAAAAACAGUCCCUGGAUCAGAACCGGUCAGCGUUGAAGUCAUGGUCGAAUACCCUUUUUUUGUAUUUGGACAAGGCUGGUCAUCCUGCUGCCCUGAGAGAACCAGCCAGCUCUUUGAUUUGCCAUGUUCCAAACUCUCAGUUGGGGAUGUCUGCAUAUCGCUUACUCUCAAGAAUCUGAAGAAUGGCUCUAUUAAAAAGGGCCAGCCCAUGGAUUCAGCUAGUAUCUUGCUGAAGCACUCAAAGAAUGACAGUCUAGCUGGAAGUAGACACAGGUAUGUGGAGCAGGAAAAUGGUAUUAAUCAGGGAAGUGCACAGAUGUUACCUGAGAAUGGUGAACUGAAGUUUCUGGACAAAAUAGGAUUGCCUGCAGCACCUUUGCUCACCAAAAUAGAACCCAGCAAGCCCACGGCGACGAGGAAGAGGAGGUGGUCGGCCCCUGAAACACGGAAACUAGAGAAAUCAGAAGAAGAACCACCUUUGACUCUUCCCAAGCCUUCUUUUAUUCCUCAGGAGGUUAAAAUUUGCAUUGAAGGUCGAUCUAAUGUAGGCAAGUAAAGGCUGUUUGGGAAAAGGAAAUUAGGCUAUCCCUUGUCAUUUUUAUCCAGAUUACUGUACUGUAGACUAAAUAACCCAGUAUUUACAUGUUAUCAUCUUAUUUUAGGUUUAUGUUAUAACCUUGUUGUUAUAGUUGCAGCUGGUAUUAUGCAGGAGACAGGUGCAUAUGUUUUUCCACAAGUGUUUUGUCAGUGACUAGGUUUAUUGAGAGCUACAGAAGGGGCAGUAUCUGCUUCACGCACCCUUAGUGGAAAUGAAUGUGUUGUCAUGGCUCCUGUUUUCUGUCACCUAGUGUAGAGCAGAUUCCAGCUGUUCUUUUUUCUGUGAGGUGACGAGAAGGGAACUGUAGCAGAGAUAAACUGCACUGCAUGCAUUGUGUGUGUUUCAGUCCCAAGGAGGGAUUGCGGCUCCCUGGCUGGGUCGUUAGGAGGUUCUCUCGUGCCAAGAGAACUCUUUAAGAACCCAACACACACACACACACACACAUUAUUAAAAAAGGAUCAGACAGUCUUUGACACAUUUCACAAUCAAACCAACUCUUAGUCAAGGCUCUACAGUAUAUAUAUUUUCCCCCAUGGGGUCCGACUGCACUGAAUUUUAUUCAUAAAGUGACUGCCAUGCAGAUGUUUCUUUUCAGCUUGCUAGUGCAGUUCCAUUGCCAGAGUGUAACAUUCAGUAAGGUCCUAUGCUUGCAUUGUUACACUGCUUGUUUUUCUUAAUGACAUAGCCAGGGCGAUGUCAAGCCUAAAAUUUUAGCCAAGCCUAAAAUUUGUUGGGUCCCCUAGCUAAGGGGAAACUCCUGGUUCUGUGCAGUGUUAGAUAAACUGAUCAGGUUACGCCAUUAACAUUUGCUUCCACAAGGUAGACAUGUACUGCCCCUUUGAGAGCACAGACAUAAAUUGUUUGCAUUUAGGUUGCAAAUCUUUGUUUUUAACUCUAGUACUGUUUUUAGUUCAUGACGAUGGACAACUAGUGCCACUUUUUUCAAAAUUCAGUGUGACACAAGGAAUCGGACGUUGAAGAUGAACGUAGAAUGUCUUUAAGCACUUAAAAUGCUGUUCACGCUUUCUUGUCGAGCAUCCUGGUCUAACACUCAAUAAGUACUGUAUCUCACUUUAAUCUGUUUGAGGGGGAAAAAGAAUCUAUUCAACACUGUUAACUACAUAUGACUAUGUAGAGUUUUCUCACAAGCAAGAUGUUGGAAAUUUUAAUGUGGUUUCAAAGGGAUGAAUGUGAAUUACUGAACUAGUAUGUGACAGUCAUUGUCCACAAAGGACUACUUAAUAGGAGGCACUUUUAAAACUUUAAUGCUUGAGAAAGAGUUAAAGGCAUAUGCGAGCUGACAGAUAAUAAAAGAAUAAGAGAGAGGAAAAAGGAAAGAGGAAAAAAAUCAUUAUUGUCCAGUGUUUUUGAAAAAGAUGGACUUUAAAGAAUCUUGCAAUUUGCACAUCUUGAGUUUAUCAUUUGUGUGGUAUUCCUGCAGUUUUUACCUAAUAAUGUUGUGGGGAAGGGAGGGGGACUGAGAGCAUAAACAAAUGUAGCAAUUAUUUACUAACCUGCCUAAGCUCUAGGCCAUUUUAUAGACUUAUGUUCCUUUAAAGUUCAUUUUUGGUCUUUCUGCCAUAUCUGUCGCACAGAACCAGGUCCUAGCAGGACAACUUGGAGAAUUUUUCUUCAGCUAUAUUGAGAGAGUUUUCCAGAAAAGACAUUUCUACACAUAAGCAGGAUUUUAUAAAAAAAAAAAACAACAACCGUUAUUUUAUUAUUAUUAUUAUUUGUUGUUUUAAUGAUAUUUUCCAGUUGAAAUACAAUCUAGAUUUCAGAGUUUGGUACAAAACAGUGAGAGGGAAUGGGGGUUUCAGACAGUUAAGUGUUUUUUGUUCCCACUAAUCUGAAACAAAGGUAGGGCCGGAUCCUUAGAGGUGCUGUGCAUCUCUGGCCCACAUCUUUCUACGGGAGGUGCAAGUACUAAGCACUUCAGGUCUGAGCUGAAGCCCAUUGCAUUCAAUCCCAUUGGUUUCAGUGGGUUUUGGAUUAAGCCUUUAUAUUACUAUUACUUUUGGUUUGUAAUUGAGUUUGCAUUCUUCAAGUACUUUUAAAGAAGCUGUACUAAUAGGGAAAAGUAGGCUAUAAAAGUUCUUGAUUAGAGAUACAGUAUCUAAAAUGAACAAAUUCCUUAAAAAUCUCAUUUUCCCUCUCCUAAAAUACAGUAUUUCCAGCUCCUUUAUUUACAAAAAAUCUGAAACCCCCCCCCCAGCUUUUUUGUUCUUCUAUUUGUUACUUGAAAUUUAGCUCACACCAGAACUAAUUGGUUUUAUACCAUUUUCUGCGGUGCACCAAAAACAUUUAAAUAAGUUUAAAAUAGCUUGAAACUUUUCUUGAAUUUCCUUGAAUUUCAUUAACCUCUCAGCAGGCUACCAAAUAGCUGAGCAGGUUCAUUCUCACGGUCACACUGCUUAUCUAGUGCUGUACUUUUUUUUAACGUUUCUGCUCAGAGAACUUGCUUAAUCUUCCAUAUACUCCGCUCAGGGCACUUGCAAUUUAUUGGUGUUUUGUUUGUUUUGUUUUUGUUAUGUUUUAACCUUUGAUGGUAAGAGGAAUAGAAAGAUGUGAGCAGAAUUAGAUUUUAGUUCACGUUAGUACCACUAUAUUCAUAAUACACAUACUCAGAAAAUCUGAAAUAAAACCACACAUACAUCUUUUUGGCUAAUAAAGAAGCAGGGACUCUUAAACUGACUGGAUCUAUUCUACUAACACUAACAAUAAACAAAUAAAAAAAGUUUGGAGCAAUAGGAAUGUAUUAGUUCUGUGCUGGUAUUUCAGAUUUAGGAAUUCAGAAAUAAUUGGUUCCUUCCAAGCAAUUGUCCCUUUUUGUGCUUUUGCUUUUUUAGGAUGUGCAAUACUUUAUGUGCCAACGUAGACCCACCCACGUGGUGGUAGCUAGAUCUCACACCCUCUUCCACUUUCACCUUUUUGUUUUCUUUCACUGUUUUUUCUACCCCCCGCCUCCCCAAAAAAAAAAAAAAGUGUUUAGGGCCUUAUACCUCUCUUGAUUGGGGGCACAGAAUCUGUAUGUAGUUAACAGGUGUGGCACACAUGGGUCGAUGGCCCUGGAUGGUCCAUAUUCUUUCAAAUGUAAGACCCUGGCCUCCACAAUAUAAAGAUGAUGAUCCAGAAAAAGGCUUAGUGGAUGUUCCCCCACACACACACAAAAAAGAUUUUUAAAGGGGGAUAAGAAUGUUGAGAAUGUGAGGGACCUGUAAAUCACAAACAAUUCAGUCAUGAGUAAAUAACAGUCUCUUACAUGAGUGAAAGCAGCCUUCUACAGCACUAUCAGUGUCAUUUUUUCUUCAAUCUAUGCCUGUAACUGUUACUUUAUAUGUAUAAGUAUACUUUACGUGCUCUUGUAUAUGAAUGUUACCAUCUGUGUGAUGUACAAUGUGGGUGAAAUUCACCCCUGUGCAAAAAGCCAGCACAAAGCCUAUAUACCACUUAUGUCACUAACUGGUGCAUUAACUUGGUAUUGGAUCUCUGUACAGGAGUGAAUUUCACUCCUAAAUGGACAGAAAGAGGUGACUACUUUCAGUUGGCUGAAUCUGGUUUGCCUGGUGGCAUCUGGAGUUUGGCAGGUCCACGACCCCUUAUUCACAUGAGUAAAUCCUUAAUCCAAUGGGGCGAGUUGCCCUAUUGAUAGCUCAAAGGAGUAAGGGUAUGUAUGCUCUACAGCAGCAUAGCUACAGCUCUGCCACACACAGUAGCGUACACACGUCCUACAUAGACGGAAGGGGCUUUCCGUCAGCGUAGUGAAUCCACUUCUCUGUGAUGUAGGGCUAGGUCAGUGGAAGAAUUCUAGCCACAUCUACACUGGGGAUUAGGUGAACCUAACUGUGGUCCUCAGGGUAUGAAAUUUUUCACAGCCCUGAGCAACAUUGCUAGGUCGAUCUGAUUUUUAAGUGUAGAUGUGGCUAGAAUUCUUGUGGCUUGAGGUGCACGGUGAAAAUAACAAUCACGGGCAUAGAAAUAUUUAGGUGAGUUCGGUGUAAAAGGAUUAGUCAUGUGCCUCUUUACAGUGUCCACUUUGCAAUAUUAACUGACAAGUCUUUUUUUUUUUUGUACCAGACCUGUUUAGUUUACAAUGAAAUGAAUACAAUCACCAAGAAAUCUAGUCAGGGCAAAAGAAAAAAAUAAACAAGAACCUCUUUAUAGGGAUUUCUAAAAAAACAAUAUAUCUCUCUAUCUCUCUCUAGAUAAUGACUGUUCCUUAUAGUGUUUAACUUAGGCAUCGUUUCAGUUUGUCUGGGCCACAUCAUGGGGAAUUUGAAGUUUGAUGUCACUUACCUCAAGUCCUUUAGUUGAAACCCAAAUUGGAUUUUUGUUUGAACUGUUUAAUGAUUUUGUAUGUUGUUGAUGUGGGGUUUGGGGGGGAUUUUUUUUUAAUGUAUGUUUGGUGGGGGGGGUUCCAUUUUUUUUUAACCCUGUCGUCACUUGGUUAAACCGUUGUUCUGUCAUUUUCUCAGCACCAGGAAGUGACAUCACUGCUCUUGUUUCCCUAAAGCAAGGAACAUUUAGAAACCUUUCACACCUCUUACUCAGGGAUGGGGCUGGCGUAUGUGUGGUACACUGAUGUGACCAGAAGCAGCACUUUUACUGCUCUGGAGUAGGGAUGUACAAUUUCAAGGACAAGUUUGGAUUUCCUGCAUCUCGUGGAUUAACUUUGUAGAUAUCACAUAGAUUGCAAUACAAAGCAGCAGAUUCAAAGUGAACCAUAGUUGUUGGUUACCUUGAGACUCUCUCGUUGCAUAGAGAUUAAUUUUACCUAAGUAUGUUGCCAAUAUUAAAGAAAAUUAUGAAAUUCUGUUAAUGCAUGCGACUACUAAAAUGAAAAAAAAAUGUUUCAGGGAGAACGAAUCUUAGCUAUUUUAAAAAUACUAAUAGUGUUAUUUCACUAGCAUUCACUAAGGUUCUUAGUAUGUAAUACCAUGGGCACUGGGCCACAGUUCUGCAAACACUUAUGCACAUGCUUAACUUUAAGUAUCUGAUUAGGCCUAUUGAAGGCCGGGAGACUUGCAUGUUAAUGUUGACUACAGGUACAAGUGUUUACAGAAAUUAGUGGCUCAAUCAUUUAGAGCCAGACUCUGAUCUUAGUUACAACAGCUAUAUGUUUGGAGUAACUAUUGACAUCAGUGGAGUUAGACCAGACUUGCAUGCGUGUAACUGAGAUGAGAAUUUGACCUCCUGUUGUCACUUCUAUUAUGAAGCAUACUCAAAAAUGGGAAAGUGGAGACAGCACCAGACAACAGCAGAGUCCAAUCUGUGGACUUACCCAGUGUUGAUAUGAAAAGCAAAGGAAUUUUAGCAGUGUGUGGUCAGUGCUUUUCUUUUCAUGGCUUUUUUUUUUCCCAAUCCCCAAAAUCCUGAAAUAA